UGAAGCCCAAACAAUCAACAAAAUUUUAGUUUUUCAAAUUUUACCUAAUUUAGCAUUUGAUAUAUAGACAGAGGCAGACAGAACAGUCCACAGCUUGAGAUACAUUCUAAAAAAGUCAAAAGCUUCAAAAAUAUUGAAUUUGUGCAGAAUCAAAGCAAUGAAUCGUGUUGGGAAACUAGGAGGUAAAAUACGGCCGCUCACGCAGAUAGAUUCCAUCAGAAAUGAACAAUGCAGAUUUAUGUCUGCAAGGGGCGGCCAGAAAGUCAUGGCAAUUCGAAGGGAGACCCAGUCGGUUUGGGAGAGGCGAGCUCCCCUGGGACCCCAACAUGUGAGAAAACUAGUAAAACAAGGAAUAAAGGUUAUCGUGCAGCCCUCUAACCGACGAGCCUACCCUAUGGCAGCAUAUGCAAAUGUAGGAGCUAGGAUACAGGAGGAUAUGUCAGAAGCUUCUGUUAUAUUCGGAGUCAAACAGGUUCCAGUUGAUGCAUUGCUCUCUAACAAGACAUACUGUUUCUUCUCCCACACAAUUAAAGCACAGGCGGACAACAUGGACUUACUUGAUGCAAUGCUCGAGAAGAAUAUUAGGUGUAUAGACUAUGAGAAGAUGAAUGAUGAGAAAGGACAGAGAGUUGUUGCAUUUGGAAAGUAUGCUGGUAUUGCAGGGAUGAUUGAUAUUCUUCAUGGGCUUGGGCUCAGAUUAUUGGCUCUGGGCCAUCAUACUCCAUUUAUGCAUGUCGGACCUGCUCACAACUACAGGAAUACUCAUCAUGCUAGACAGGGAAUAAGGGAUGCAGGAUAUGAGAUAUCUCUAGAUAUGAUGCCUAAGAGUAUUGGUCCCAUGACCUUUGUAUUUACUGGAUCUGGAAAUGUGUCCCAAGGAGCUCAAGAAAUAUUCCAGGAGCUUCCUCAUGAAUAUGUUGCACCCAACAUGCUGAAGAAGGUUGCUAUGCAUGGAGAUACAAACAAACUGUAUGCUACAGAGAUUAGCAGGUCAGAUCAGUUUGAGAGAAGGCUUGGAGGAGGUUAUAAUGUUGAUGAGUUUGAAGAGCAUCCGGAAAGAUAUAUCUCAACAUUUGCUCAUAAAUAUGCUCCUUAUGCUAGUGUUAUAGUCAACGGAAUAUAUUGGUCCCCAGCGACCCCUCGACUAAUAACUAUCCCGGAUGCCAAGGCCCUGAUUACUCCGGCCAAGACUCCCUGGUUGGCCACCUCCCCUGGAUCGCCUAGUCUACCCAGUAGAUUAGUUGCUAUCUGUGAUAUCUCUGCAGAUCCUGGUGGUUCUAUUGAGUUCAUGAAUGAGUGUACAACUAUUGAUGAACCUUUCUGCCUGUAUGAUGCUGAUAACAAUAAGGACAAAAAGAGCUUCAAGGGUGAUGGAGUUCUAAUCUGCUCAAUUGAUAACAUGCCAACUCAGCUCCCUAGAGAAGCAACAGAUUUCUUUGGCGACCUUCUCUACCCCUAUGUGUCCGAUAUCAUGAAAUCUGAUGCAACCAAACCCUUCCUUGACAACAAGGAUAAAAUGGGACCUAUUGUUUCUGGAGCUGUGAUCACAUCAAAUGGAAAGCUGACUCCUGACUUUGAAUAUAUUGCAGAUCUGAGGGAAGCUAAUGCCAUGAAGGUGUGUGGGGACUUCUCUUCAAGUAAGAAAGCAUUGGUGCUUGGUGCUGGAUAUGUGAGUGCUCCUGUUAUAGAAUACCUCACCAGAGAUUCAGAUUUGGGGAUCACUGUAGCUUCAGCUUUGAAGUCUGAAGCUGAUACACUCUCAUCUAAAUAUGAAAGAACUGAACCAGUUCUCCUCAAUGUACAAGAAAGACCAGACAUGCUUGAUGAUUUAAUGAAAUCUCAUGAUGUUGUUGUCUCCCUCCUACCCUGGACUAUUCAUGCUGAUAUUGCCAAGAGAUGUAUUGCCAACAAAGUCAACAUGGUUACUGCAUCAUAUCAAUCACAAGCAUUGAAGAAUCUUCAUGGUGAGGCUGUUCAAGCUGGAAUAACAGCUGUUAAUGAAUGUGGAGUGGAUCCAGGAAUUGACCAUUUCCUUGCUCUGGAGUGCUUUGAUGCAGUGCACACUGGAGGAGGAAAAAUUGAAUCAUUUGUUUCUUUCUGUGGAGGUCUGCCUGCUCCUGAGUGCUCUGAUAACCCUCUUGGAUACAAGUUCUCCUGGAGUCCUAGAGGUGCUCUUCUCAACAUGCUUAGUGGAGCAAAGUAUCUGCAGAACGGGAAUGUGGUUGAAGUUGAGGAGAAUGGUGGUUUACUGGAGUCUGUUGUUCCAAUGGAUUUCCUUCCAGGAUUCAGUCUUGAAGGAUACCCCAACAGAGACAGUACAAUAUACGGGGAACUGUAUUCUAUCAAUGAAGCUUCUACAAUUCUACGAGGAACACUACGGUACAAGGGUUAUGUUGAUGCAGUGAAAGGUUUGGUAAAACUGGGUCUGCUGGACCCUACACCUACUCCUGUACUACAUGAGAAUGGACCUGAGCUCACCUGGAAGCAGUAUAUGUGCCAUCUCAUGAAUCAAACAGAUUCUAUUUUUUAUGAUAAUUUGAAGGAUGUUCUUUUAGAUAGAUUAGAGUCUGCGAAGAUGUUAAAGGUUAUUGAAGAUCUGGGAUUAAUGUCUGAUUCUCCAAUCAUGAAAGCAGGAUCUCCACUUGAUACUGUGAGUCAUCAUCUAUCUAAGAGAUUGUCCUAUGAGAAGGAUGAGAGAGAUAUGAUUCUGAUGAGACAUGAGGUUACAGUCAGAUGGCCCGACGGUAGACGUGAACUAAAAGGGAUCAAUAUGGUUCACUACGGAGACCCUAAUGGAUACAUUGCUAUGGCUAAAACUGUUGGAUAUCCCUGUGCUAUUGCUACAAAAAUGGUUCUAGAUGGGGAGAUCCAGAAGAAAGGAAUGGUUUUACCGUUUACUAAAGAUAUUUGGAAACCAAUGCUUCAACGUUUAAGAGCAGAGGGUAUACAAGAUACAGAGAAAUCUACAUUUUUAUAAUCCAGACAGCCCAGGGUCAAGACUAUAGAGAUAUUCCAAGGCUCAGAAAAAACUCAUGACGACAGAAUUAUUGUUGGACAUUCUUAAAUACCUGUUAAAUAUAAAUUUAUGUUAAAUAAAAAGUUAUUCCUGA